AUCUGCUGCUGUUGUAAGAAUUUUUGAAACGAAAACCCGAAAAAAAGAAAGAUAUAAAAAAAGUUGAAUAUUGAAUAAAAAAGACAAACAAAAGUGUGUUGUAGAAAAGAAAAGUUGAUCAUGAUCUUAUGUUUGCAAUUGCGCUGCACGAAGCUGAAUAAUUAAGCAAAAAAAAUCUAAUUUCUGAUUUGUUGUUGAUCGUGACGUCACAACUUUGAUUACCAAUCACAAAUUGAUCACACAUUAUAAAAGCCAGCUUUCAAAUUGAUUUCAUUAGUCAUGAGAGAAGAAAUAGUAGAGAGUAAACCUCAUAAAAUUGUUUUGUUGGGCGAUUCAAAGUGUGGAAAAUCGUCCUUACUCAGAAGACACACAAGGAGAACCUUUUCCGAGGAUUACGUGCCAACUGUGUUUGAUUCAGGAUCAGCGGAAAUCGUUUCUGACCAAAACAAUGACAUCAAGUUAAACAUAUGGGACACUUCAGGUUCUUCAGAGUUUGACCACAUCCGUCCAUUAUCUUUCACCGAAGUUGCAGCGUUCGUUAUUUGCUUUGAUAUUGACAAGCCACUCAGUUUAGAGAAUGUGCAGAAAAAGUGGCUUCCAGAGGUGAGAAGCUGUAAUGGAGAUAAACCUGUCAUACUGGUUGGUUGCAAGUUAGAUUUGAAAGUGGAAACAAAAAUCACUCAUGGAAAAUAUUCAAUCGCCUGUCCACAGGGAAUGCUUGUAGCUAAAUCGAUAGGAGCUCACGCGUACAUCGAGUGCUCUUGCAAAACAGACGAAAACAAUGUCAAAGUUGAUAAAAUAUUUCGUGUUGCUGCUUUGUUAGCGACUGGUCAAGCGAGCAAAAUACCGAAAGAUGUUCGCAUAAGAGAAGCUAAUGGAAAGCCCAAUCCAAAGUGUUCUAUAAUGUGAAAGUAUGACAAGAGAAUUGGAUAUAUUUCUUUCAAAAAGAAUGUACUACUGUGGUUGCCAACAUCGUGGCGCAGCGAUAUCGUAUUUGCUACACUUGCUGCUACAAAAGGCGCGAAAGUAAUGUGAUUUGGAACCACACGCAAAGAUGUUGUGAUAAAAUAAUUUUUGCUGCUUAUAAAGAAACAAAAAAAAGAGAGCUCCGUCCCUGAUGCUUCAAUAGGCUGGGUGAAAAAUUGUGCAUGUGAUUAUAGUUCCGAAGAAUCGCUGUUUAUCUGCCAAAAAACAAAAAACACCCAGGCUUUAUUUAAUAUAUUUGAAAAAAAGAAAAAGUUUUUGUAAAUAUGUAUAUUAUAUUAGAUAAGUUAAUUGACAUAUUUUUUUGCCAUGUCUUGAAGGGCAUUGAAAUAUCCUACCCUAACUAUACUAAAUCUGCGCAAAAGUUACUGCGCAUAGAUUUUGUGAAUUCAAACUUAGGGUAUCAGCGCAAGCUAGACAAGAAAAUCUUUCUGUUUUAUCACUUCUCAGAUAAUUACUUUUCUUGUGCGAGUAUUUAUUUUUGUCAUUUGACACGUACUAUUAAAAAGUAGGCGAAACAUAUGACAUCAAGGUAUAAACAGUUGUAUAUUUCUGUGUGUACAUUUCGUAGUAGAAUAUAUAUUUUGUAUCAAAACAAUAUAAAUGUAAAAAGAUAUUCUUCUGUUCUAUGUGACAAGACUUUCUUUUAUUUGUUUUUAGAAAUAUGCAAAAGGCUGGUGACAA